ACGGCGAUUGAAGAUGUUUGAACCGCAUGCAGUAUGAGCGCCCAUUUUUCGGGAGAAAGGCCGACUUUUACGGCAGCAAUUUCAGUUUAAUGCGUUCGCGCAUUUACAAAAAUUACAGUUUUCAUAUUUAGUCCAAAUGUUUCUUUAAAAUGCAUCAUAUAAGACAAAGCAAGAUACGUUUUAAAUACGAAGUUUUAAAUGUUCGUAAAAGGAAAACUGUUUAUACUGCAAGAACGCAUUGAUUCUCAUAAUUCAAUGAAGUAUAAAGAACUGUUUUUAAGAACUGAGAAAACUCAAUCUGAAAAUUGUGAUAUUCGGUUCGGUAAACAAGGAUUUCCGCAAUAUAAAUAAACCUUGAAUUAAAAUUAAAUUUCUAGAUUCUUACUUCCUAAUUACUUACAAGAUUUGAAAUGGAGGAUUCAAAAGUUAUAUCAAAAAUUGAAUUCGAUGUGAACUUAACUUGUAAGAAUUGUGCAAAUGCUGUUAAGAAUGUGUUAUCUAAAUUUCCUGAAGUAAAAUUAGUUGAAUGUGAUAUAGAAAAACAAAGUGUUGUCAUUGAAACUUCUUUGCCAUCUUUGUCUAUUAAAGAAGCUAUUGAGAGUACUGGUAAAAGAGCUGUUUUGAAGGGCUUUGGUUCAAGUAGUCUAGGUUCAGCUGUGGCUGAGCUAAAAAAUAAACCAAUUUUCGGUGUUAUAAGAUUCCAUCAAACAUUAGAAGAUUUAUGCGUAAUUGAUGGAACAAUUGAUGGACUUCCUCCUGGAGAGCAUGGGCUUCAUGUUCAUGAGUAUGGUGAUCUUUCAGACUUACCUAUGAGUAUCGGUCCCCAUUUUAAUCCCACUGAAUCUUCUCAUGGUGGCCAAAAUGAUGCAUCUAGGCAUUACGGGGAUUUGGGAAACAUAUUUGCUGAUUCAAAAGGAAGAGCAAGUUUUCGCAUUGAAGAUCAUCAACUCAAGGUUCAUGAAAUAAUAGGAAGAUCCAUAGCUGUGAGCUCUGAUAAAGAUGAUUUUGGCUUAGGUAACAGUGAGUCAUCAAAAAUGGAUGGCAAUUCUGGAACUAGUUUGGCUGCUGCUAUUAUUGCUCGAUCUGCUGGGUUGUUUGAGAAUCCUAAAAGACUUUGCCAGUGUGAUGGUAUAAAUAUUUGGGAUGAAAGGAGCCAACCUAUGUCAUCAUUAUAACUCUUUACCUUUCAAAGUAAUAUCUAAAUCUGAUUUAGCACACUGUAAACAAAAUAUAUACUUUAAAAAAACACUUGGUAGAAGUUUUUCUUGUUUUUUUAUCCUUAAAACUUUUAAAAUUAAAAUAACCUAUAUGUCAUGAUAGUGGUUAUUGUUUAAUAUAUAUGUUAAUUAAUUUUUUAUAUCAACAUAUUUGAUAGGAGCUAAAAAUUGUAAGAUGAUACAUUUGCAUUUUCAUAUGAAAUGUAAUUAGAAUUCUUUUUUUCUUGAAUUUUAUAUGAACUAAAAUAUAUAAAUUAUUCAAUUUUCCACUUUUAUAAAAAAAAUACAAAUUAUUAUAUAAAGUUUAUUAUUUGAAGUGCUUUUCAGUGUUUAUUACAAUUUUAGUUAUGAAAUGUAAAAUAAAUGUUCAUCUAAUUACAAUGAAAUGAAAUAGAAUGAAAUGAAUUAUAUUACAUUCAUUGUAAUCAGAGUAAUAGGGUUUAAAUCAUUAAAGCCUUAAUUUUUUGGCAUGGUUUAAAAGCAAUAAUAAUUGUUAUUAGAUUAUAAAAAAAUUAUUAAUUUUAUAAAAUUAUUUUUUAAAUAUUUCUCAUAAUUUUAAUAUAUUUGGUAUUCAAGUUUUCAAGAUUUUUUUUUAAUGUUUCCACUUUAAAAAUUGGUAAAUAUAUACAGGUUGAAUCCCAUCUCUAAGUUGCAGAAUAUAGUUACUAUUAAUUCUAUCUAAAAUUAUAAAAGACAUAAUAUUUCAAUAGGCGGAACCAAAUCGAAAAAUUUUAAGAGGUGAUAUGCACAAACUGGUAACUAAUUUUUGCCAUGCAUUCAGGUGUUACCAUUUAACCAUUACACAAUUAAGCACUUUAGGAAAGGAUUUAAUAACUUUAACUUUAUAUAAACUUUAGGAUUUUAUUAAGAAAUGUGUUAUUUUUUGCUCAGGUAACUGUUCCAUUUCAAAAGUUUUACGUAUAGAUGUGAAAUUUAUUGACUUAAAGGGUGAAAGAAUAAUUUAAAAAAAAUUAUUAUACUUUUAAUAAUGAUACAUUUUUUAUUGCAAUGUUUGUUGUUACUCCAUGUCAUUUUUAAUGGCAAGGCACAAUUAAUUGUAAAAAAGGUGCCCUUUUUUAGUAAUUGAUAUUUCCUAUACCAAUCAAACAAUUGCUUUCGAAUUUAGUUUUGUAGAUUAAAAUUUGUGUGCAUUCUUUAUAUAAAAGGAAUUUUGAAAACAUUUUUUACAAACCUUUUGUCUUUGAGACAUUAAGUUGUAACCUACCUCAUAAAUUAUUACAAAAGUUGGAAACAUUUUAUUGGAAAAAUGUAUUCUACUUUGUUUUAUGAAUUUAUACUUUAUUUUGUGUUGUGUUUUACUGUUUUGUAAUUUUAGCUUUUGUAGAAAGUAGGUUGUAUAUUGUGCUUUGUGCCAAUUAAUUAUUUUUUAUCAAUGGUCAAAGUAAUAACUUUUUGUAUUGUGCUGGUCUCGAUUUAUUGCCUUGAUUUUUAUGCAAUGGUUUAAUUAAAUCAGUAUUAUUUUGUAAAAUACAUUCCAAAAAUUAUUAUUUGUUUCUUUCAUAUUUUAAUUUAAAAGUACUGAAUUUUUCUUUACUUAUUUGAUUGUCCAAUUUGAGUUUUUUUCUUGUAUCCUAAUGAUUUUGUGAUUUGUAAGAUUGUUACAUAUUUUGGCUACAUUUAAACACAAACAUAAAUAUUAAAUCCUCUUUAUGAAUUAUAAAUAAGCAGAAGAGUAAGCAACAUAUUAUUCUGUAUGUUAAUAUUACUUAUAAGCAUUAGCUAUUAACAAAAAAAUAAUAAGAGAAUAAUGAUUUUUUUAAAAAGCGAGAAAAACUGCAUUUCUUUCUCGCUUUUUAAAUGUAAGGUUUUAACCAUCUUUAUAGAUACUAUGCUUAUUUUGAUUGUUUAAGUGAAAAUGGAAAUGUUUGUUAACUUCAAACUUUGAUAUUUAUGACUGACUAGUUUAAUGCGAAAUUUUACAUUGGAUAAUCAAUUUGGUAUUGAGUAAAUAUGAAAUACAAUAAGUUUUAUAAUUUUACCUACACUCCCUUUCUAGGACUAGUUCUAAAAGUUCAAUAUUAACUAAGAGGUAUGAAUUAUUCAACAUAAAUUUCUAUUAAAUAUCAAUAUCAAGAUUUUUUAAAUGUUAAGUUGAUGUUGGAGUCUUUCUUUUAAAUUUUCUCUUUCUUUCUGGAAUAUUUUUGACUUAAAAGAAAUUAAUUGCUGUGUUCUCAAAAAAAGUGUUAUGCUUGUUUAUUUAUAUAUUAAAUAAUAAAUUUAUAUUUUUAAAAUAUGUUAUUGAAUUGAUAAUAAUGUUUUUUUGACACUUUUGAAUCUCGUGUAAUAUUUGAUUUUAAUAAUUGCCUGUCAUUUUGUAAAACAUUCUGAAGUUUCUUUCACUUCUUUUCUGACAAAAUAAAUAUAUUUAAGACAGGAUUUUUGCUGCAAUUUUUCUAUUUAUUUAAUGACAUUUAACAUUACUGUUUUAAGUAUUGAAAAAUUGUGAUUAAACGUAACAGGUAGAAAAAUCUUUUAAAACUUAGAAAAAUAUGCUCUAGUUUGCAACAAAAGCAUCUUUUAUAAUGUGAUAUUGUGUUUAUCCUUUUAUAUCUUUUUCUUUAGUAUCAUCUCAUUCGUAUACAAAUUAUGUUAUUAUUAACGACAUUGAAAAUUAAUUAAUGUUUUGAAACUUGGUUUAAAUUUUACUAACCUUUAAUAUUUAAAGCAAAUUUUUAGAUGUUAUUAUUAAUUGUUGCUUGACUAAAUAUUUAUUUUUAUUGAAGGUGUUACAUGUCAAACGUUUUGUGUUUAUUGUGUAUCUAAUUUAUGCAAAUAAAUUAUUUUGUUCUA